GGCGCAGUCAUCCGACUAGGACAAUAUUUCUGCUCGGUAUCUUUUCACCAGGACUAAGAGUGCUGCAAAAUGCGCCGGGUCCUCUCGUCCACCCCUCCCUCCUGGGGGGAAUGUCCUGUUGUAUAAUUUUGCUCACGGAUUUUUGCUGUGAAUUUUUUUUUUUUGCAAGCACCACCCAUGGGUGAAGCAGUUGCAGGGUGGGAUUGUUCUGUGCAGCGUCUGUCAGAGCGCAGGGACCUGCGGGGGGAAAGUCUCCCUUUAAAUCGCGGCUCUUAAAGCGGCGCUAACUUUCUGCCGAGCCCAGUGCCGCUGGGUCGCCGAGAGCGGGCGCGGGCUGUCAGUUAGUUGCUGUCGGUUCCUUUGGAGGGAUGCGGGCGUAGCGGCCGGCAUGGGGCGGACUGGCCCCCGACUCACCGCUUGACACAUGAGGCCGCCUUGCGGAGCCGCUGCCCCCCGUCACUGGCCGUCGGACCCUCGCCCCUGUGUGUGUGUGGAGGUGGGAUCUCGGCGCUGAGGCGCGAUGUCACCCUGAGCGCCCAACUUUUCGGAUGGUCGGAGACUUGGAUUCCAGGCCGUCAUGAUGUUCUCUCCGCUCUGUCUGACCCAGGAUGAAUUUCAUCCAUUCAUCGAGGCACUGCUUCCACAUGUCCGUGCAUUUGCCUACACAUGGUUCAACCUACAAGCUCGGAAACGAAAGUACUUCAAGAAGCACGAGAAACGGAUGACAAAGGACGAAGAGAGAGCAGUGAAAGAUGAGUUGCUGAGUGAGAAAGCAGAAGUGAAACAGAAGUGGGCCUCAAGGCUGCUCGCCAAACUGCGUAAGGACAUCCGUCCUGAGUACCGUGAGGAUUUUGUACUGACCAUCACAGGGAAGAAGGCUCCUUGCUGUGUUCUCUCCAAUCCGGACCAGAAAGGCAAAAUAAGACGCAUAGAUUGUUUACGACAAGCGGAUAAAGUUUGGAGGUUGGAUCUGGUGAUGGUGAUCCUAUUUAAAGGGAUCCCUUUGGAAAGUACUGAUGGAGAGCGUCUGGUGAAGUCCCAACAGUGUAGUCACCCAAUGCUGUGUGUGCAGCCCCAUCACAUAAGUGUUUCAGUUAAGGAACUUGAUUUAUACUUGGCAUACUUUGUGCAAGAAAGAGAAUCUGAGCAAAGUGGCAGCCCAAGGCCUGCUAUUGGCUCUGACGCUGAUGACACCAAGACAGGAACAAUUGAACACACAGAUUUUCAAGAAAGUUUUGUGACUUCAGGAGUCUUCAAUGUAACUGAACUGGUGCAGGUAUCAAGAACCCCCAUUGUGACGGGAACAGGACCGAAUUUCUCUCUCGGAGAGUUACAAGGGCACUUGGCCUACGAUCUGAACCCACCAAGUACAGGCAUGAGGAGAACUUUGCCAAGCAGCUCAUCAAGCGGGAGUAAGAGACACAAAUCUGGCUCAAUGGAAGACGACAUUGACACUAGCCCAGGUGGGGAGUUUUACCCUUCACCCAGUUCUCCUGCAGGCAGCAGUAGGAACUGGCAAGAGGAAAUGGAAGGAGGUAUCUCCCCUACCGUGAAGAAGACUGAGAUGGACAAAUCUCCAUUUAACAGCCCCUCUCCGCAGGACUCAUCUUCACGAUUGGGUAGCUUCACACAGCACCACCGUCCUGUGAUCGCUGUGCACAGCGGUCUUGCAUCAAGAAGCCCUCAUGCCUCUCCAUCUUUGCAUUUUCCAACAACUUCCAUCCUUCCCCAGACUGCUUCAGGCUAUUUCCCCCACACAACAAUCCGGUUCCCACCUCAUCUCAAUCCUCAGGACCCUCUCAAGGAUUUGGUCUCACUUGCCUGUGAUUCAUCUAAUCAACAACCAGGCCCGCCUGGGAGGGAGGGCGAGAGAGCCGCGGACUACUCCAUGACUUCAGUGACAAUGCCACUUCGUGCUCAAAUGAGAGGACGCAUGCUUCCUGCGGAGAGAGACACCCUGUGUCAGUUGUUCUACUCCCCGGGCCCUGGGGAGUGUUAUCCUCAUGUGAAGCUGAACGGCAGUGGUCAAGUGGUAAGCAAAGUCCCGAGCCACUACAUUUCUACAUCGAUGCUGGCACCCCCACCCCCUCCAUCCAUGGCCAGAUCGGUAACACUGGCAAUGCCACCUGACACCAAAACAACCACAACAACCACAGAGAGUGCAGCAGCAUCACCAACAUCACCCACGUAUACGACACCUGGCACGCCCCCAGCUAACCGAUCCUUUGUGGGAAUAGGACCAAGAGAUCCUGGUAGCCUUUAUCAGCCACAGUCCUGGUAUCUGGGAUAGUUGAAGUUCCCUUUCAAGUAUUACAGAAGCUGUGUAAUCAUGUUUCAAGAAACAUGGUCGAGCGUCGACUUUGGUUUCAAGUUUAAAACAGAGAGAAACAAGGGAGAAGGCUAUUUAUCGACUCGCCUUUAAAAGAAAAUGUAAAGUCAGAAACACUAUCAUCCUACCAACAUGUUCCGAAGAUGGGUGCAAUUCACUUCUCCAUUGGCUGAAGCUUAGCCUGAGGUUUCCCCAUCUGUUUUAUGCAAAUAAGCCUUUAUAUUUCUUAAAAAUAAUUACAGAACAAAGUUUACUAAAUCUGCUUUUGACAGGGUGGGAAAAUUAAUCUUCAUCAGCUAAACAUAAUUCAGAAUUGCAUUAUGGUUAUCUUUUGAUUUUGCCUUUUUAAAGAACAAGGGUAGAUUCAUGUACAGGAUUGAUGUACAGCAAUGUGCAUGAGCAUUUAAAAGCCACCUGAACUAGACUUCAGGUGCUGAAAUGCACAGUGAAGUGUACCUGUGCAUUGGAGUACCUGAGGACAGAUCGACUAAAAAUGAUCACAGUUUAAGGACAAUUCUUCCACUUUUUUAAAAAACAAUCUUGAUUAUAAUUGUUGUGAAUUUUUGUUUUUAAACUAACUUUACUGUAAAGUUUUAAUCAUCACGAAGAUGUGCACUAAUGAAGCCUACACAUUGGAGGCCAUCACUUCAGUCUGGCUAAUUCAUUAGCUCAACAUCAAGUUACGUUCUGUGCUCCUGGCCAAACUAAACAUGAGAAUUAUUUUUCUAGUACACAAGCAAAUGUGUUUAAUACUUUGGUGGAAAAUCAUUCCAUUAAAUUGUUCAAGCCGACACAGUUAAAAUUUCUUUAAAGAAUUCCUUCAGAAUUCCUAAAGAAUCCCAGAUUGCAGGUCAGAUUAACCAGGGAUCUGGUUGCCUAGUCUCGGUCUAUCAAAUAGGAAGGUCACGGAGCAAUUUCUCUUCCUCUGCAGUUUAUAAGCUAAGGAAGAAAUUAAAUACAUGCAGUGUUAAAAACAUCUUGCACUGUAGUGAAUGAUUGAACUCACCUGAAACUUUAAACACAUUUUUACGAUUAUUACUAAUAAACCACAACACGAAUCAGUCAGAUAAAUGCUUACAGUUUUCGAUUCCAAUUUUCCCACCCUAAGCAUCAUUUACUUUUUUGCAUGCAGCUAAUAGUACAGAUAUAGAUGUUCAUCUACCAGAGCAGUAGAUUUACUGGUUUUAGUUAUUAUCGCUUUUCACUAGUGCAUGACAUAGUCCAUUAGGUACAUACCUAGGUUUUGGUGAUAGUUUUGGGAGACAUUGGUGGCUGCAUAUAGGGUGUGGGGGAAUUCUUCAUAAGCAGUGUCAGUACAAGGUCUCACACUACCACACAUAGAUUACUUUACCUUUCCUUCCUAGUCCCAGGGUUUGGUUAUUUUAAACGUACAAUGGCUGCAAGCUCAAGAAUAUCGUUAGUGGGUUAUCUUUUGGGAACAGGGUAGAAAAUUGUUUUGAGAAUUGAUAUUUUUGGGGAUUUUUUUUUGUUUUAAUUCUAAAGUUAAACACCGUGUGUUUAUUCUUCAAUAUUCACACCUUUCAGCUAUUACACAGGAGAACAGGACCAGAUUUCAACAAUGUCUAAGAUAGUUUCAAAAUCAUGCUUUUGGAUUGUAGCAUUCGAUCAGUGAUCAACUUUAAAUUGGGGGGGUUGCUGCAUUUUAAAGAACAGGUUAAUUACCUGUUUAAACAGAGAAAGAAUAAUCUUUUGUAAAGAUUUAAGAGGCAAGUGCAAUUGAAAGGAAACAAAUUUCUAAUUUAGCAAUUCUUUUUAACUUGUCCUUGUACCCCAGGACUGUAAAACGGGGCAAAUUGUUGUCGCCAGGCGACUGUGGCACAAAAGUGCGCCGAAACACCAUUCCCCUCCCCCCACACCCAAAUCCCACCCCUAAACCCCAUUUCCCAACCCCCACCCAAACACCACCCCCCACCCCCCACCACCCUUCACAGGUGAACACAAAUGCCUUAGUAUGUUACUUGUUAUUUUAUUUUUUUAAGCAGAGGGUAACCAGCUACCCUCAUUAAAAAGAAAAGACAGCACUUGUGCACACAAUAUCAUUCAUUAAACUGACACAUAUCAAAAGCAAUAUUUGGCAUAAUUUUCAGUUUUUGUUCACAGUGAAAGCUUUUGACAAAAGUAGCCUGCACCUGAACAAAUUUCUAUCCAUGUAUGCUUAUUUUACCAGCUUAGGUACAGCCUUGCCUAAGCUAAAAUGCUGGCAUCCAAAACCUCACAAGUGUAAGCAGAAACGGUGAGGCAAACUCUAUAGAUGUAUUUAUAUUAACAUUUUUUUUUCAUCAAAGGUGCUGAGUGAUGCAUGGUGCUUUGAUAGUAAACUUUGUGAUCCAGCAAAACAAAAAUCAAUCAGCUCUACGCUGAAUUCUGAUGUGCAUGGCAACUAUGUGCUGGCUUCACUAUUUUCCCAACAAAAUCCUUUCCUAAUUUGCACGGAAUUUUAUACCACAUUAUGUGCCUUGCCUUUGAGAAAAAAUGUUUGAAAAAAAACAAAAAAAAAUCCUUGGUAUCACUGCACAAAUUUUUGGCUGCAUGUGUGUUUGCUUGUCAUUAAGAAAAUACCAUUGGUAAAAUUGUAAGGGUUUAUGAUUUUUGCUUCAUAGGACAUUGUAACAGCACUAAUUAUCAGUAUUCCAGUGAUUCUGUGGAUUUUCAUAUAGAAUAUAUUCAUCUUGCAGUCAUGUAGGAACAUUGCUUUUGGACGUUAUUUGUCACUAAUAUUUUAAUGAAAAGUGUUUCACUUUUGUUUCUCCCUAUUUGUGUCUUCCAGCUCCUAUUAUUUUGAAUCUUUGGAAAAUAUGCAAUACCAGUCUUGUCGUAGACGUAGAGCAUGUAGCUUGUUUUAAUCACUUUGAGUUAGCACUCAUGAUAACUACAACGUCAUACUUUUCUAGUUUUUUAAUAUUAAUUUUGUUUUAAUUGACCAAAGUUGGUGCUGCUCUCUAUACAGAAAGAAAGAUAGGUCCUUCUCCUGUAAUGAGUAAUGCUUGAUCCAUGAUUAAGAAAGGUGAACAUGAGAGGGAAAAAUGUAUAUUUACAGUAAGGCUGUGAAGCACCAUGUUGGCAGCAAAUUAAAGGAAAAAUAUUUUCUUGUUCGCUGUGUGCCCUGGUGGUUCAAAUGUUGAACUCAGAAAAAAAAUAAUUACCUUAAUUAGAGUCAAUUGGGCAGGCCAUGUUUCAGUCAACUUGAUCAGACAAUUGCCGUAGUAAAUUUAUCAGGCCCAACAUUUCGGCCAAGUGUGGGUCAACCCUUUUCUUUAUUUGAUUGAUAACAACUUACAAUCAUUUGUGUUGCUUUGGGCAGAUCAGAUAUCAACAGUGCAUCAAUCCUCAUUUUUCACUGAGGAAAAGAUUCCUCAGUGCAACUUCUUUGAAAAAUUGUUGACCUACGUUUACUUGGUAGCAGAGCUGCUGUUGUCUGUUUGUACCUGAAUCUGGUUUGAGCAGGAAAUAUUCCAUAGAUACUAUUCCACCAGACCUAAGUGCUUCACAGCUUCAACUGUCAACUAUCCUGAACUUUUAAGGAAAAGCUUCACAUCAGAAUCUGAAAACCAUGAAUUAAGGUUGUACAUAAAAGCUCAAAAUCAAAACAUAAAGCAAUAGUUGUGGGGUGUCAAUUUGAUAUAGUAGUGUUCAAUACAAAAGCCAUCUACACGAGGUGGAAUGAUAAGUGAUAACCAAGUCACAUAUAGCUCUGCUUUAAGAUCCUACUAAUGUCUCUGAGCUUUCAUAAUUGGAAUUUGAUUGACACUUGGUAUGCUAGCUGGGAUGCUGAGCAAGGAGGACAAGAAUUAGGGCAAUGCCAGUAAGUUUGAUCCUUGUUGCAUCUUUGUCUUGGACAUUAGCUGCCUUCCUUGCAGACUGUGUAUUUGUAAGCUGUAUAGUUUUAUUAAGUAUGUUUUACUUAAUCUACCCUAUUUUAUAAGGCAAAGACUUUGUAAUGAGAAAAGUACAAAAAAUGUUUCAUUACACUGGCUUAUUAAGAAUGUUCAGCAUUAUAUACCAUUUGUAGAGUAUUCUUCCUCCGUGGGAACUGGAUUUGAGUUAAACUCUCCUGUUGCCUUUAUUGUAUUUAAAUACAGUAAUUGUCCUCAUUUUAUGGUUUUGCAUAUUCCUAUACUUUAAAAGUAUAGGCUUCUGGUGUAAAAGAGCCAUUGUAAAUGGAAAAAAAAUGCUUUAUUUUAUGAAGAGUAAUUAUGUCAAACUUGUAAGAAACACUUGGAAUUUGAGAAGGAGUGUUGUCAUUGUAGUCUUUUUGACUGUUUAAAAGAAAAAAAAGUCUGUAGACUUUCAAGUGCUAAACUGGUGGGAGUAGAACAGAUUAUGUAUACUCUUUGUAGGGCUAGGGAGCCCAACAAAUUGUUGUAUGCAAUGUACAGUAUUGUUUGUGCAAAGGACGAUGCAAUGCUGGUAGCUAGUUUAAUUUUUAAGGGCAGGACAGAAACAUGUUUACGUGUAUUUAAACCUUUGGCAAUGGCUGACCGCAUGCUCCGUGGAAUCCUUGUACGAGAGAAUUCUCCUCCAUCCAUCAGCUUCAAGCAGGAUAGAAUGCUGCCACAAUCAAACAUGUGACUUUUUAUUAUUCCUAAAGGGGUUCUGAGUUGGCUGAUGACUUCUGUUGGAGUCUGUAAGGUGAACCCUGUCAUUUGUGAAGGUUCUGGAGGCUCAGGUCUGUGUGGUGCAGAUUAACGAUGACCUUUACUCCUCUGAUUUGGUCCCUUUGUAAUCAAUUUCCACCCUUCUUUGCUUAAUAAUUCCUUCCAGAUUUUUAUUGCCACCAUAUUGGUGUUUGUUCUUCCUCCGACAUUCCGGUCAGUUUUCCAAUUGAUUGAGAGCUUGCUUACCUCCCCGAGUACAAGUCUGCCCUCCACAUUUCCCUAACAAAAAAUAUCUUCUGAUACUUCCAAUCUCCGAGUCACACACUUUAGGGUUAUGAUAGAAUAUAUCUCAGCCCUGUCACUUUCUCUACUUCUAUGCUAGAAAAGUAUUUUUUAAAUCAAAAUGAGAUGUGCGAUCAAAAAUUAUUCUUAAUUUCAAUGAGACGUAUCCCCUUUAUUCUUACCUUUCCAAUCAUUUCGGUAGACAGUCCUUGUUCUUCUGCAAUGAAUCUGGGUGUCUUGGUAACCUCAGGUAGAUGGUACAAUAGCAACAAACAAAAUUGCUGGGGGGACUCAGCGGGUCAGCCAGCAUCUGUGGCAGGAAAUGGACAGUCGACGUUUUGGGUCGAGACCCUUCAUCUGGAUGAACUUCAGAAGGAGAAUCUCAACCCAAAAUGUCAACUGUCCACUUCUUUCCACAGAUGCUGCCUGACCCGCUGAGUUCCUCCAACAUGUUGCUUGUUGCUCUAGAUUCCAGCAUCCGCAGUCUCUUGUGUCUCCAUAGUACCAGUGGUAAUGUACAAUUACAAUCCAAAAUAUAUUCUUCACUUUCAACAAAUUUAAUAAAACAAUGAAUCAUCACGUGUAGGGAAUUCCUGAUUCCAGAAAGUUGUCUCAGAAAUCUGGAAGCUAUCAAUGACUUUGGAGAGCACUGGCUGUUAAACCUGUUUAAACAAAGAGCAUUGCUAUAAUAUUAGUUUUAGUUGGUUCUAACCACUAUUAGUUUAAUUCUUUCCCAUGCAAGGCUCUCAGGGAUGAAGUGGCUGGCUGUCCUCACCAUUACUGCUCAACUCACCUCUCAGUCUGCACAGUAAAGACCUGAGCUGCAAAGAAGGCACAUGCUUUAUGCCGAGGCAGCCAUCCAGAAACCAACAAAAUUCAUUUCCCUCCUCGAACCCUGGAUAAAUUUGCACUGUUCCAUGUCUUUCACCCUUCCCGUUUCUGCAAUAACUCAAGACAGGAACUGAAACGGAACAAGCUGCCAUUGACAUUGCCAGUAGCCACAGCAUUAGUGAAAUCAACACCAUUCUUAGGCCUACACCACAGAUAUAUUUUUUCUAAGGUUUUAUCUAACCCCCUGCAAAAUGUGCCAGUUGCUUCAGUUAGCCUGAAGGGAAUAUGCAAAUUCCAUCACAGUUUCCAUCUCUAUUAUUUGUUGUGCAGCUCCUUUGCAGCAAAGCGCAAUGACACACAUUGAACAGCCAUUACAUUUUGUAGAAGACAGUAGAUAUACUGGUAUUGUUCUUUCACAUACACAGCUCAUCUAAGCAUCUGUAACUAGGUCUCUGGAAAUCUCUUUGAAAGACAGGAAACGGCUGAGUUCUCAAGGACUGUUGAAGUGACACCUGACCACCUGUCACUUGUAUAGACAUUUUAUUCAGGCUGUGCAAAAACUCUAAAUUGCAAGGAAGUUUGUGAAGGUUCUUGUAAAUGUGCUGAUGUAAAAGUAUUUUUCAGGCUGGUUUGGCAAACUCAGUUUUCCAUCUUUGACAAUCAGGUUUAGAAGGCAAUCACUUCCUCAACCUUCUUUACAUGGAUGGUGAGCAUUGAUUGGGCUCUGUCUGUUGGAGACUGUCUUGGAACUGGGUCCAGCAUUAACUGGACUCUUUGGAUUACCUCUGACUGGAUCACUUUCCUCCUAAAAUUAGCUCGCGUUAGUUGUUUCCCGCCACGUCAUUACCUGCCCUAAUGUUCUUCCAAAAAAAUCAAUUAAACACUUCCUGCUGGUUUUCAAACACAAGCAAAGCACCUACACUGUUGCCCCAAUAAGAAACUCCAAAUUCUCAGAAUUGGGAAGCCUUGUUUGCAAGAACCCAAGUAAUGAAACUAAAGGGUAAGGCAGUAAAAGGAGCUCAGUCGCUGGGCAGUCACAGUAACAGUAAGGACAAUAGUUAAGUAUCCAAAUGGUGCAGGCAUUGCCCAACACCCCAAUAACUGGAACUCCCGACCAAUCAUAACACCUUUUGUAGGAGUUAGCAACGCAAAGUAAUCCCAGUCCCGAUGAAAAGUCUCGACCCGAAACAUUGACUAGCCAUUUCCCUCACACACACUGCCUGACCCGCUGAGUUCCUCCAGCACCUUUUGUGUGUUGCUGCAGAGUUCCAGCAUCUGCAGUCUCCUGUGUCUCCACAAAGUAAAUUCACACACUAUCCUUAGACAAUGCUUUUGCCAAGAAAUCUGUCUGUAUGUUCUAAUUGCAAAUAAUUUCGGGUUAAACACUCUAUCCAUUUAUUUUGUGCCACAGAUCAGUCACAAAUUUUAGAUUAUAUUUUGGUUACUAAAAUAAUGAAAUAAUACUGCAGCUUGCACUCUAAUAUUCCACAUUAUUCUGAUACCAAAAUCAGACUGUUGAAGAUGCAUCAUUCGGAUCAUUGUUUUACAUUUAAGAAUAACUGAGUUAUUUAUUCAACACUGUGAAGCUUACUAUUGACACAGAGUGACAAUUCAGUCAUAUCAGAAUGAACCUGUUCCAUAAUGUCUAUUAACUGUAAAGCCAGUAAUCAGAAGCAAUAUAAAUUUAUUUGGACACACCAUGGUUAAAAGCCUUAAUCCAGCUACAGAACCCGAAUGAAGCAGCUCCAUGUAAACAAGGUUAUACUUGGCGUGCUUUGCUCCAACUACACUGAACUUUACUGUAUGAAAUAGCAGGAAAAUAGGCAAAAGAUCCAGCGAUGCAGCACGUUUUCCUACUGCAUAUGGUCCUGUAGGGAGUGAUCUGCUGAUUAGCAUGACAGCAGCAACAAAAGUCGAGCUUCAAUGUUGACAUACUUGUAUAGAGAGCAAUGGUCAGCUAAGCAGUUGCAUUAUUCUCUGCAAUGAUUUAUAACAAUUUUAACAAGCCAGCAGAAAAAGUACCAAAAAACAUUUUUAAUAAAUGCAGUGCCUGAUAAUCGACUGCUGGAUUCAAUUUUGCUUUGCAAAGCCUGGGUUUUAACAGUUUAUCGGUCUUUUAUUAAGUCUUUGUCACACAGUCUCUAUUGCAAAUGUCCUUUGAACAUCACUGUUGUAAUUCCAUAUGUAUUACAUCACAUAUUUUCUGGGAAGAGAUCAUUUCUCUGAGAACAUGUUGAGACCGUGUUAUUUCUGAGGGUUUUUCAUUAUAUUUUAGAAUAUUACAGUAGUUACUACAGUAGUUAAUCAGUAACCGCUUGCUUGCUGCACAGACAUACACACACUACACACCAGAUCAAACUUGUGGCUCUUUAGUUGCUAGAUGCAAAUUUCUGACAAAGCAAACCUUCUUGACCACAGUACAUCUACUCCAGCAACAAACAGAAAAUCCUUUAUUUUGAUUGUACUUGUUUUUUAAUCCUUAGCUAAGUAUGUAAAGGGACAAAUAGAAAAAGCAGCCCUUGUGCUGCUGCUCUUGUGCACAGAUGUACAGAAUAUACGUAUGUAACUAAAUCACCACUCGUUUUAAACUGGUGUGAACUCAGCUUGACAUUUGAUUAUAACCAUCGUAUUCUGCCAUUACUGUUCGCAGCUGCUCAUACUACAUACAGUUACUGGAAGUGAAUAUGUUUCCCUAUGCAAAAAAAAGUUAAAAAAAAAUAAACAAGCUAUGCUAUA